AUGAACGACCGAAUCAUACCUGUAGCAGAGAAAAUAACCGAAAUUAUACAGACUGUUAUGAAAUUCGAUCCGAAUACGUCGAAUGUCCGCGUUAUUGACCGCUUAACUAAGGGAGUCACGGCGCAAGAUUUGCUGGAAGAUCACAACGUAGUGGAAAGCGCGAAAGCGGACGCCUAUGUCACGGACAUUCUUUACCACAUAAUGAACAGAGUAUUCUGGCUCUCUGAUCCCGGCUGUAGUUUUCCCGGAGUUAAACUCAAGCACAAAGAGAUACAAACUUAUAUCAAAUACUAUAACGAUCUUGGAAAGAUUGUUCUCGAUGCAGACACGCAAACCAUUCUGACCUGCGAGCCAAGGCAAUCCAACACAAGUCUACUUACCGAGUGGACGGCAAUAAAAUCGUUUCUGCGCGAUAUCAUUGAGGAAUGCUUGGAAAACGGUAUUCGUCCACUGGUCACGGCGGACUUGAUACUGAACGAGGUGGUCGAAAGAUGCGCUGGUCAAAUCCGUUUACCGUACAGGGAUGAAAUGGUACAGACAUUGGCAUCGUGCCAAGUACUCGAGGGCACGAACGACGAGAUACUUAGAAAGCUACGGCUCGAUGUCAUUGUCGAUACCUUCGAAUCGUCGGUAAUAGUAUUAUCAGUCGUUGGGGUUCUCUUGUGUAACACUUACUUUGAAAUACACCAAAAAGCCCCUACCGUUGCCGCUGAUAUCAUAGGCCGUCUGCUAAAGAAGUCGGUGUUUGUAGCUGAAAAAGUUGCAGCGAUCCGCCAAGAAGGGGCAUCACGUAAACCAAUGGAUGAUAUACUUGGCGCGAGAACCCGACGACUGAGAGAUUUAUUGGAGAACAAAGCCGUGGCAUCGUUCAGCACAAGUACACAAACCGGAUUGGCUGGUGUGCCAGACCUAGUAGAAUUGAAUGAACCUAAAAAAACAAUUUGCUCGACUUGCGUAAGGCGCUCAGAGUGUUCCGUUUGCGUGGCUAAUGUUGAUAAAGAAUGGAAUGGUCCACCUGGAGUCAGGAGGGAAGAAAUUCAUGGGAAGAUACUCAGGACCCAAGAUAUUUUAAUCGCGUACAACCCCUGUUACGUGAUGGCAACACCAUCCAAAACCAGCGAAAAUCAGCCUUCCGUUACACUAUCAAGUCAAUUUCACACAGUGGCCAUAUCAGCUGCAUCCAAAAGAACGCAACUCCUCUUAGAAGCCAACCUUCGAGCUUGCACUUCAUCCUCGACGUCUAGCUCAAUUCUGGACAAACCAGAAACCCAGAGACGAAAAUCCAACUGCAUUCAACCAUCGAAUACGAAACUGGCAGCUGCAGAUUCGUUGGAAGAAUGGGCAAGAAUGGUGCACGGCUUUACAUUUACUCCUGAUGCGUGGUCGGUGUGCGGUUCAAACAGUUGUGGCAGCGGCACCGUCAUAAACCCGUACCCAAUUUCGGCGACGCAAAUCUCUGGAAUACAAUAUAAAGAGGACCGUACAAGGAGUGGAUGCAACUUGCCCAUACAAUCUGUAAAGGCUUUGCGUAUUCUAAAAAAUAUUUUCAACCGAAAUCAAGAAUCAUGCAGCGACUGUACCUGCGAACGCCAGAUGAAUCGUGACAGACCCACUGUGAAGAGGGGGCAAGGGAGCAGAGGAAUGACAAGUACCGCACUGGCAGCUGACGUAAUCUGUAGCAAAUCAUCCGGGAUAACCAAGGAGGAGAGCAAGGAUGGAGCAAAGUGGAAUGGGGGCAUGAGUAAUUCACUGCAUAGGGUUCAAACUGUCAAGCUCAGCGAGCGUAAGUCGAGAGAAUUGGACUCUGGUAAAAAGCUGUACAGUAAGAGCCUCGAGGUUGUUCCGAUUAUCCAUUUGUCGAGUCGAAAAAAUAAAAGCUAGUCAAUAACUAAAACCUGGGUUGUAUCACCCGUGUACCAUUUUUACUAUUCUUUGUUUUUUUCAAAAAGUAAAUAUCACUUAUUCAAUUAAAAUAUAGGUAGUUCGAUGUCAUACCAUUUUUUGAGUCGUUGAAAGCAGCAACAAAAGCGUAAUGCAAUGAAAUGGAAAUUAGUUUUUCUCACGGUCCAAGUGUUCUUAAAAAAUAAUUAUUAUUGUAACAAUGGUUUGAUCGAAAAUCACAUUCAAUUGCGUUCUCAUACAGUUGAAGCGUCGACAACCGCUCUAUAAUAAUAGAUAUUUGAAAUGAUACAUAAUAAUUAUAAAA